CGUUUCUUCCGGCUUAUCCUUUUGACUAUAUAUGAACUUUUUUGUUUUAAUGUUUUUUCGAAUUAGCAGUUGGAAUUUGAUCGUUAACUAAAAUGCAGAACGUAAUCAACAGUGUUAAGGGUACAGCUCUUGGUGUUGCUGAAUACUUGACUCCAGUCCUUAAGGAGUCAAAGUUUCGCGAGACUGGGGUGCUAACCCCAGAGGAGUUUGUGGCUGCUGGUGACCAUUUGGUGCAUCACUGCCCGACAUGGCAAUGGGCCAGUGGUGAUGAGGCCAAAGCUAAACCAUACCUGCCAAAGGGGAAGCAGUUUUUGAUCACCCGAAAUGUACCUUGUUCAAGGAGAUGUGAGCAAAUGGAGUACUCUGAGGAGUUCCAGAGGAUCAUUGAAUCUGAUGAUGCUGAUAAUGGUUGGGUAGACACACACCACUAUGACCCACAUAACACAGGAUUAGAGGAUAAAGUAUCAGAGAUGACAUUGGAUAAUGGGAAGGUGGAGAGUAUGGAAGAUGCUUUGUUGAAUGAUGAAUGCAAUGAAAACGACGACGAUGAUGAUGAUGAGGAGGCUGCGGAUAUGGAGGAAUUUGAGGAGAGCGGUAUGCUAGACGACGCUCAGACCACAACUGUUAUCCACAUACCGGAGAAGAUGAUUUCCAAGCAGACGGACGAGGAAGGCGGAAUCAUUCACACGCGCACCUACGACUUGCAUAUAACGUACGAUAAGUACUAUCAAACGCCGAGGCUGUGGCUAACCGGAUACGACGAGAAACGGAAGCCAUUGAAUCGAGAUGAGACAUUCCAAGACAUCAGCAAAGAUUACGCAAUGAAGACGGUUACCAUGGAACCGCAUCCACAUAUGAGUAUAGCCAAGAUGCCUUCUGUCCAUCCCUGCAGACAUGCCGAAGUGAUGAAGAGUAUCAUCGAAACGGUGACGGAAGGAGGCGGAGAAUUGGGAGUGCACAUGUACCUCAUCAUUUUCUUGAAGUUCAUGCAAUCGGUAAUACCCACGAUCGAGUACGAUUACACGCAAAACUUCACCAUGUAACAGCGUUCGGCAACAUGCAUUUGCAAUCAUUUUCUCACAUACGUGAUUACGAUGUUGUCUCAUUAUUACGUUCAAUUCUCAGUUAAAUUUAAACUUGAUAAGCUUUAAAUGAUUUUACAAAUUUUCAUGGAAAAUUUGCCGCUUCUUCGAAACUUAUUGUUUUGGCUUUAAGAUUACAUACGUACGUGUACUUUAUAUCUUCUAUUUCUUGUCUAGCACAUUAAUAAAAAGUAAAAUUCA